CCAUCAAUCAAAGUCAUGACCCCGCCCGUUCUGACAACGAAAACCAAUCAGCGGUUCCGAGACCGCCCCCUCCCGAAGACAGGCGCGAGAGGUGACCCCGGAUGUAGAUGUGUGGCAGGCGUUGACCCUAGAUGUUUGGGAUGCCACAGCAACGGGACGAGUGAGAUGGAGCGUGACCAGGCGGAGCGUCCACCACGUGCCCUUCCACCAUUGCCAAGCAGCGAAACUAAAGAUGCAUCUACAAGCAAAACCAAAAAGAAAAAAGCCAGGACAAGUAAUGGAGUAGAUACUUUGAUGAGCUCAACAGGAAGGCGCAAAUCUGAAAGCAUAGAGCCCCUUACCCCAGACCUUCAGGAUGCUCCUCCUCAAAAGAAAAAGAAGAAGAGAAAGCUUCUACCAGCAGCUGGUGAGCAGGAUUCAGAAACCACCUUUACUCAGCAGAGUAUGUCUGAAGUGUACAACUUGUACAGUGGACCAAACAAUGAACUUUCACGUAAAACCAGGAAGAGAAACAAGAGAACUCGCCCAGCAGUCCACAGCAAUGAACUUGAAGUGGAGGAAGACGACAUUAUCGAUGAUGGGCAAGCUCCCUGGCCCAAAGGUCCUCUAUUUGCUCAAUCCUUGGGUUCCAGCCAGCCUGUGAACAAAGUAUUUCUUGAACGUAGCCGACGGUUUCAGGCUGCUGACAGGGUUGAAGCAGAGAAAAUUGCCAAACAAGUCGAGGUUUACAUGGAAGUCAAAUCCACCCGGACAACCAAAGAUGUCUCUUUACAGGCACACCGUGGAUUCAGGAUAAUUGGGCUUUUCUCACAAGGAUUUCUGGCCGGAUACACGGUGUGGAACAUUGUGGUAGUUUAUGUGCUUUCUGGUUACAAUUUCGUCAACAUCUCAAAUUUGCUCCAGCAAUACAGCAUGCUAGUCUACCCAAGCCAGUGCCUCCUGUAUUUUUUGCUUGCAAUCAGCACAGUCUCAGCAUUUGACAGGCUUAACAUGGCUGAUGCGUCAAUGACACUCCGCAGAAUGGUGACACUGGACCCCACAGCAGUUGCCUCUUUCUUAUAUGUUGCAGCUCUGAUACUAUCACUCAGCCAGCAGAUGGCCAGUGACAAGUUUAACUGGUACAGGUCACCACAAGAUAUCACCAAUGCCACACUUUGGACUUCCGGAUCAGAGUUUUUGAUUCUGCACUCUUGGGUUGUUGUAAACCUGGUAGCUACCAUCUUAGUUUCACUGGCCUGGAUUUUCCUGUCUUAUCAGCCUAUGCUUGAUCAUACUGAAGAAGUGGAGUUUGGAUUGGCUGUGAAUGAUACAGUUGAACCUAAUGAGAAAUCCAAAGCACAAGCAUAAACCAGUGUCUGGUUGAAGAAAUAUGAAACAUUCUCUCUGAAUGGUUUUACUUUGAAUAGGUUACUUUGAAAACCCUUUUGUAUUGUUUAAGAUGAAUUUAUAUUGUGCAGGUAUUUACAUUUUUUUAUACCAGAGCUGAUCCUCACCUUGUUGUUAAGUGAUUGUUCCAACCUAACAUUAAUGCCUGUUGGUCAACAAAUGUUGUAGCAUUUGCAAUUCAAUGUAGAGCAUUGAUCAUUGUCUGAAUGCAGCCACAAAUGUUAAAGCUCAAGGCUUAUUAUUCCAAUUGCCCAUCAUUUGGUACUAUUUGCCACUAACGUGGCCAUCCUGGAGAGAAAAUGAGAGUGGCAUUUACACAAAAGGAUGAAAAAGAAGAUGCAUUGUGUAUGAGUGACACUAUGAAGCAUUUUGAGACACUACGGAGGCAGCCUGAUUUAUUAUCCAAUCUGUUUUGGACAAUGUCCAAGUUAUGUUUGGCAGGACAGUGCAAAAGGAGCCUAUUGAUGACUGAAAAGAGGUGAUUGGAUACAAUGCAACAUACUUAGGUCGAUCAAGGGCAUGUAUGCUGAUGCAUGGGUUUAAAUGUGGAUCUCGGAAUGCGAUGAAAGCAGUAUCUUGAGAAACAAUGGCCAUUCAGAUGGUUCAGAAAUUAUAUAUAGAGACUCCUUACAGAAAUGAACUCCGGAUCGCCCCAAGCUGUAAUACUCUAGUGCUAACCAUGGUGCCCAUUUCUGGUGAUUAGCACAACACUAUUACAGUUUGGAGUGUUCCAGAGUUCAGUUCUAGUGCCAUUCUUUAACGAGUCUCUGCACAUCCUCCCCAUGGAAUGCAUGGAUUUUCUCCAGGUCCUCCAGUUUCUUCCCACAGUCCAAAGACAUAUUGGGUAGAUUAAAUGGUCAUUGCAAAUUGUCCCGUGAUUAGCUUAGCAUUAUCUGGGCUAGUUGGAGGGCUGCGGGGUGGCGUGGCUCAAAGGGCCAGAAAGGGCCUACUCCGCGCUAUAUCACUAAAUAAAUCAAAUAAAUAUCUAAUUAUUCAGAUAGAUGCUCCUCUUCUGAAUGUAACUGUAUGAGGAUCAUAAUUAUAUGUGUACUAUGUGACUAAUAUGUACUUUAUUUUUCACCCCGGCCCCAAAGGAAUUAUGUUUUGUUUAGCUGUAUACAUGUGUAUGGUUGAAUGACAAUAAACUUGAUGCAGCAAUAUCCAAGCAAAAAUUAC